AUGGACAAAGGAGAACAAGCCAUUGAAGCUGAAGAGAUUUGUGCCAGCAAAGGCUAUCAUGGAGGGGAUGAGAACGACAUUGCCGUUAUUCGGCUUAAGAAACCGGUAAAGAUGAGCGCCACCGUCAAGCCAGUUUGCCUACCACGAAGCGGAGAGGAACUUCCCGAUAAAACUGAACUUUUUGCCAUGGGGUGGGGACGAACAGAUCACGCUGGUUCAAAGAAGCCCGUGUACAUGAAGCAGAUGUCAACAAAGUCAAUUGCCAACAAUCGUUGCCUAGAUUAUUUCAACAAGACGGCUGACCCAAGAAUCCUCUGCACUUCAACCGAUGUAGCCUCUACUUCCCACGGAGACAGCGGAGGUCCGGUUGUGGGGCUCGGAAACGGAACGACCUGGACACUCUACGGCAUCGUCUCUGAUGGCCCACACCUUGGAGGCUUUGAGCACCUUCCCCUGAUUAAUACAAAAGUUUCUCAUUUUAUUACCGAUUUUAUUAGUGCUUACCUAAACUCACGAGGAAAGUCCGAGAAAAAGAAAAUCUGCGAUCUAGCUUAAUAUUUAUAGCCGAUACAUUUGGUAAAUUUUUG